AUGAGAGGUCAUGACGAUAGUGGGCCUAUUUUUAACUGUGAAAAAGAUAACAAUGAUGGCAACUUUCGAUCUCUGUUAAGAUUCCGAGCUUUAAGUGGUGAUUUAACAUUAAAAAAUCAUUUAAUGAAUUCGUCGGGAAAAUCAGUUUAUAUAAGUCCUAUGAUACAAAACGAAAUAAUACAAAUAUGCGGCUCUCUUAUUCAAAAAGAAAUUGUGUUGAAAAUAAACCAAGCAAAAUUUUUUACUAUUUUGGCAGAUGAAACGUGUGAUAUAUCUCGUAUCGAACAAAUGUCUUUGUGCGUAAGAUAUAUUGAUAAUGGUUGUAUUAAAGAAGACUUUUUAGCAUUUAUUCCUAUUUAUGAUGUUAGUGGAAAAGGUAUGGCAUGUACAAUUAUUCGAGAAAUAGGAAAAUUGGGAAUUAAAAUAGAAAAUUUAAUCGGUCAGGGUUACGAUGGGGCGAGUGCAAUGAGUGGGUUGUAUAAUGGUGUCCAAAAGCAUAUUAGAGAUAAAAUACCACAUGCGCUUUAUGUUCACUGCGCGGCUCAUUCGCUUAAUUUAGCAAUCGGAAAAUCUUGUACCAUUCCUGAAAUACGAAAUUGUAUUGGGUCAAUCUCCACAAUUAUAAAUUUCUUUCGAAAAUCUCCAAUGAGAUCUGCGGUUUUAAAAGAAUUUAUAAAAAAACAUACUCCAAGUACUCAACAAAGUAGUCUUAUACAAAUGUGUGAAACACGUUGGAUAGACCGUCAUGAAAGUGUAUUAAGAUUUAAAGAUUUAUAUAAAGUUAUAGCAUAUGCAUUAAAUGAUCUUGAAAGUAAUCAUAAUUUAGAAACAUCACAACUCGCUUUUCAGUUAUCUAAAACUCAUCGCUCGUCUCAAUUUAUUAUAGCAUUAUAUGUCAUAGAAAAACUUUUUUCAAUUACAUUACCAUUAUGUAAUGCAUUACAAAAAAUAAAUUGUGAUUUAUCUGAAUGUUGUGAAAAUGUUGCAAAUUGUAUAAACGUUGUAUCUUCUAUUCGCAAUAAUGCCGAUAAAGAAUUUCAAAAUUUUUAUAAUACAUUUGAACCCGAAUUCAAAGUAUGGACAGAAAAAUGGAAAAAUGUUCCCGAGAGUCAGUGUCCAAAUUCUGCUAUUGAUACUUUAAAUAAAGUAUCAGUUGAUUUUUUUCCAAAUAUAUGGUGUUUGAUGUCAAUAUUAGUCACUUUACCGGUAUCAACUGCGUCAUCUGAAAGAUCCUUUUCAACGUUAAAAAGAUUGAAGUCGUACUUGAGAAAUAGUACAAGCGAAAAUCGACUAACAGGAUUAGCCCUCAUGUCAAUUCAUCGAAGUAUUUCAAUAGACACUCAAGAAGUUAUAAAUGAAUUCGCAAAUUUGCCUCGAAAAUUAGAUUUUGUCCUUUAA